UCGAGACCGUAAACCCUACAGCCGACGCGAUGCUCCUAGGGCCAGGCCGAGGUUUGGUUCAGUUUCAGUGAGUGGACUAAAGCGUAGCAGUCACUCAAACAGUGCUGUUUACUGACUGUCAUCUGCUCAAUAGAAAAUCCGCAGCCUUCGCCCUUCGGAGUUCGGGCCAAAAUCCCGUGCUGCGCCUCAUUCCACCGCAUGACCAAACGUUCGAGCGCUCUUCUGCUUUUCCGCAUAGCACAGGCGAAUAGUAAGGCCUUGAAUUUACUACUUGUGAACCCGGCACGCAGUCCAAAGUGGACCUGACAGCCCAGAGCGCGAACUCCGGCCAGCUUUGCACCCCAGCCCAAAGCCGUUACUUCUGCAUGUUCUAAGCUAAGUUCUUGAAUAGAGGAAGUAUGCCGGCGGCCCAGCGGCGAAGCGGCAGGCUCGCGACAACCGAUGCAAAGUCGCUGAAGGAGCCAGAGCAUUCCGACGACGAGUCCAGGAGUGGGAGCGAGGACGAUGAGGGCGACAAGGAUGCGGCAGGCGUGCUGAGGGAACGGAAUCGCCAGCAGAAGGGCUCGGGCAAGGGGAAGGGUGGAGGCAAGGGAGCGGCUGCCACUGCGCUGGCGCCUCAUCCGCCAGGGAAGCAGCCGAAGCCAGCGACGGAAGCGGAGACCGCCAGCCCAAAGCCAGCGCCCAAGAGGGCCAAGAAGCGCAAGGCCGAGGCGGAAGCAGAGCCAGCAGAGCACACUGCUGCAGCUAACGGCGCCGGCCCCAGCACUAGCGGGGCCGGGGCAGCGGGGCCGUCGGCGGGGGCGGGGGGAGCGGCGGGGGCAGCGGGGGCAGCCGGGGCAGCCGGGGCAGGCCCCUCGACGUCUGGUGGCGUCCAGGACGGGACUGCGGCGAGCCCCGCCCCCAAGCCCGCCGCCAAACGCAGCCGGAAGGCACCAGAGGCGCCCGAGUCCCUGCAUGACCUGACUCUGUGGGAUGUUCUGACCAAGCACCCCAAGUCCGCGGAGCGUGCGGCCAAGGAGUGGGUGGAGCGCUACCAGGCCGACAAGGUCGCGGCGACCGCGGAGCUCAUGUCCAUGAUCGCGCGGGCGGGCGGCUGCGAGAGCGGCGUGAGCGAGGAUGACGUGGAGGCGGGCGAGAUGGACGACGUGGUGCGGCGGCUGGUGGACACCAUUGUCAAGGACGGCGGCUCAGAGCCGUUCCGCGACAGGAAGCUGCGGCAGCUGCGCGGCGCCUAUGAGUCCUUCUGGACGGCUCUGUCCACGGAGCUGCACGCAGUGGGGCGGCUGCUGGACGACCACGUGUGCGACCGCCUCAGCAACCUGCUGGUCGGGCUCAGCGUCACCAAGGUGCGCGGCUACCGGCAUGUGGGCACGCUGACUGCGGGUCUGCUGGUGAGCGGCUGGGUGCGUGUGGCGCAGCAGAAAACCGAGGAGAUGGCGCAGCUGCGGCACCAGCUGGACGCGGCCACCAAGGCCAAGAAGCCCAAGGUGGCCGAGGCGCUCAAGCGACAGCUGGACAAGGCGCAGAGCCAGUCGGGGCAGCUGCGCAGCCUCAUAGCCUCCGUCUUCUCCUCCGUCUUCGCCGUGCGCUUCAGGGACGUGGGCCCCGAGAUCCGCUGCGUGGUAAUCGACCUGAUCGGCCGCUGGAUCGAGCAGCUGCCCGACACCUUCCUGGUGGACGCCUACCUCAAAUACGUGGCCUGGGCGCUCAGCGACCGGGACCCGGCCGUGCGCCUGGUCGCCGUUGGCCGGCUGCUGCAGCUGUUCGGCGGCUCGCACAGCCCGCCGCCGCCGCCGCCCGGCGGCGGGCCGCCGCCGCGGCCCGAGCCGCCGCCGCACCUGGCGCUUCUGACGGACUUCAUCGGCCGCUUCACGGCGCGCUUCAAGGAGCUGCCCUACGACCUGAGCGAGGAGGUGUCGGUGCUGGGGGUGCGGCUGCUGACGCGGCUGGUGGCGGUGCGGAGCCUGGGAGAGCGCGAGCUGCCGCCCGGCGACUGCUACCGCCUGCUCACCGACAACCCGCCGGCGGUGCGGCGCGCGGCGGCGGAGCUGGCGGCGCAGCUGCUGUUUGAGGACGCGGCGCGCCUGGAGACCGUCUACGCCGAGAAGGCGCAAGCAGCCACGGCCGCAGCUGCUGCAGCCGCAGCCGCCGCGUCAGCCAAGCCAGCGGUGGUGGGCUCGCGCAGCCGCCGCGCCAAGAAGAGCGGUGCAGCUGCCGAGGACGCGGCGGCGGCCGCCGCCGCCGCGGCCGUGGGCCCGGUGUCGCUUCUGUGCGACCCGUCGCAGCGCAAGCAGGCGGCGGUGCUAGGAGCACUGCUGGAAAUGAUGGUGGUGCUCCGGACCGGUGCCGGGUCCGGGGCGGCUGGCGGCAGUCGCGGCGGCGGCGCCGCCGGCGGCUCGCAGGGCGGCGCGGGCGCGGGCGCUGGUGUGGGCCAGCUGCAGCUGCAGCCCAUGGACGCCGAGGUGGUGGAGGACAUUGUGGACGCCCUGUAUGAGCGGCUGGGUGUGCUCCGCGCCUGGAAGCUCAUGACCGACUGCCUUUCCGACGAGCUCACGGCGCAGAUCUGGGGCCCGGCCGGCCUGGCGCACCUAGCGCAGCUGCUGGGUGCGGCGGUGCGGCGGGCCGGCCGCGGCGCCACGCCGGUGCCGGCGCCUGCCCCGGCCGCAGGCGGCGCCCGCCGCGCGGCGCCGCGCCCCCGCUCCGCGGCGCCUGACCGCGAUGCCCUCCAGGAGGCCACGCAGGUGCUGCUGGCGGCGCUGCCGGGGCUGCUGCGCCGCCACCAGACCGACCCGCAUGUGACGGCGGCGCUGGUGGCGCUCAUUCGGGACCUGCAGCUGGAGCAGUUCGGACUGCGCGGCGACCAGGCGGGGUGGGCAGGCCUGCUGCGACUGGUGGGCGAGCAGCUGGCGGCGCGGGCCGCCUCGCCCGACCUGCUGGUGCAGGCGGCGGAGACGCUCACGUUCGCCGCCACACAAGGCCCACCCGCGCUGCAGCCGGCCGCGAGUGUGGUGUUGCGGGAGGUCAGCGACCAGCUGGCGGGCGGACUGGCGGCGGCCGCCGCCGCCGUACGUGCCAUGGAUGCCGAAGACCUGGCGGCGGCGGCGGCGGAGAUGGCGGCGGCCGCAGGCGGCGGCAGCAACCAGGGGCCGGGGGGCAGUGCUGGUGGUGGUGGCAGUGAGGGUGCGGAUGCGGAGCUGGUGGCGGAGCUGGUGGCGCUGCGGGUGGCUCUGCUGCGGGCGCACACCGUGCUGCUCCGCUGCGGCGCUGCGCUGGCCGCCGACGCCCGCGCCCACGAGGCGCUGGACGACUUGCUGGCGGGCGCCGGCGGCGGGCGGCUGCUGGGGCCCGAGCUGACGGGUCUGGCGGCGGCCAGCCAGUGGCUGGUGCUGCUCAACAACAUGCAGCAGGCCACCGCGGGGAUGGCGGUUGCCGGGCCGGCUGGCGCGGCCGCGGGCGGGGCCGACGCCGGCGCGGCGGGGCCCAGCGGCGCCGCCGCCGCCACCGCGACCGCCGCCCAGGAGGCGGGCGGCAUCACGGUGGACCGCAUCGCCCAGGCCCGGGACGCGCUGGUAUCGCACAUGGUGGCCAUUCACGCCGCAGCCGCCGCGGCCGCGCAGGACGGCGGAACCCUGGAGCUGGACCCCGCAGCUACAGCCGGUCCCGGCACUGCUACAGCCACCGCCACAGCCGCCGCGGUGGUGCAGGACGCGGCGUUCCGGGUGCUCAGUGAUGUGGCGGUGGUGUUUGGCACGCAGGCCUGGGCGGGCACGCCGCUGGAGGCCGCGGGGCGGCUGCAGCUGAGUGCGGGAGUGGCCGACCUCAUGUGGCGCCACUGCGCGGGGCUGCUGGCGGCCGCAGACACAAGCGCCGCGGCGGGGGCGGCAGCGGAGGAGGAGGACGAGGACGAGAGCGAGGGCUUGGACGAGGACGGUGGUGAUGACGUGGCGGCGGGGCCGCGCGACACCGCCGCUGUGCAGCGCCGCGCCCGCCGCGCCGCCGCCGUGGCGACCAAGCUGGCGGCGGUGGGCUGCCUGGGGCGGCUGCUGGUGCACGGCGUGUGCGGCGCACACCACCGGGCGGUGGCGGCGCGGCUGGUGGCGGAGUUCGCGGCGCACGGGCCCGAGGUGGCGGACCUGGUGCGGGACAUCUGCCGCGCCAUGGCGCCCGCCCGCCCGCCCGGAGACAUGCCCGCGACAUACGUGGAGGCGCUGCGGCUGGGCUGGGCGCGCGUGGUGGAGGGCUCGGAGCGGGCCGGGGCGGAGGGCGACGAGGACGCCGCCGCCGCCGCGGAGGACGCGGGUCUGGAGCGCUACGGCCAACUGGCUCAGCACAUUGCCAGCCUGUACGCAGGCGCCAACACCAGCCGCGAGGCGCUGACGGACAUCGUGCGGGCGCUCACGGCGGACGCGCUGCUGGCGGCGCCCAACCAGCUCGCCAUCCUGGCCUGGGGCGCGGCGGCCUUCGUGCCCAAGCUGGCGGCGGAGGACGCGCGGGCGCUGUGCGGGGAGCUGGAGGAGCGGCUGGAGGCGGGGCAGGAGGCUGCUGGCUCCCUGGACCCCAGCCAGGGCGGCGGCCUGGCGCACGACCCCGCCGACCCCGACUGGGCGCCGCUGCACCACUACCUUGCCCAGCUCAAGGACAAGGCCUCUAAGGGCAAGGCCGCACCGCGUGUGCUAAAGGGCGCCAGUGCGGCGGGCGGCGCCGCGGCGGGCGGCACCCCCGGCAGGCGCAAGGGCCGCAUCUCCUUCGCGCCCUCGCCGCGUGGCCGGGACGAGGAGAGCGAGGAGGAGGACGAGGAGGACGAGGAGGAGUCAGGGCCCGAGGAGGAGGCGGAGGAAGCGGGAGGCGAGGCGCGGCAGGCAGCUGGCAGCAAGCGUCCGCGGCGGGCGGCGGCACCGAAGCCGAAGCUGACCGCGCGGCAGCAGAAGAAGCAGCCGCAGGCCAAGGCGCCGGCGGCGGCGGGGCCGCGCAGAGUCAGCUUUGCGCCCGCGGCGGGCGAGGAGCAGGAGGAAGAGGAGGAGGAAGAGGAGGCUCAGCCACAGCAGGGCGGGGCGGCCGGACAGGAGCCGGAGGAGGAGGAGGCUGGGGAGUGGCUGCAGCCGCGGACAAGGACCCGUGCGGGCGCGGCGGCUGGCGCUGGAACGCGCAAGGCUGCAGCAGCACAGCGCGCGGCAGCCGCCAAGCCCGCUGCCGCGUCCCAGCCGCGCCGCGCACCAGCGGCGGCGGCAGCGGCAGCGGCGGCCCCCACCGCGGCCCGCGGCGAGCUCACGCAGACGCAGUCCCAGUCCCAAUCCUUGGGCCGGCGCGGCGGCGCCGGCGGCAGCCAGCGGCCAGCUUCGCAGCCGCGCUCCGCCGCCAACGCCGCCGCCGCCGCCAGUUCUGACCUGGCGGCGAUGUCGGAUGACCUUCUGGCCGCGCCGUCGGAGGACCUGCGUGCGGCGUCGCAGAGCGAGCUACGCAGCGGACAGGCUGUGUCGGGUGCUAGCAGCGGCCGGGGGGCAGGCACGGCAGCGGCGGAGAGUGAGGAGUUCGCCGAUGCACAUGCCGGUGGGGAGUACAUGGAGGUGGAGGAGCAGGAGGAGGAGGAGCAGGAGCAGGAGGACGAGGCUGCGGGCGAUGAGGAGGAGGAGGAGGAGGAGGAGCAGGAGGAGCCCAGCGCCACGAUUGACGAGGAGACGCAGCAUGAUGAUGUGGGAGAGGAGGACGAGGAGGAGGAGGCGCCGGCGGUGCGGGUGAUGCCUUCGGAAGAACAGCUGCCGGCGCCUGUUGCUGCCGCCGGCGCCCGGGGACGUCGGCCGCAGCAGCAGCAACAGCAGCCACGCCAAGCGGCGGCGGCGGCGGCCGCAGCGGCUCCUGCCCCAGCUGCAGUGCGGGGAGGCCGCGCCACGCGCGCGACGCAGCCGCCUCUGCUGCAACAGCAGCCGCCGCCGCAACAGCAGCAGCGGCAGCAGCUGCUGCACCCGCAGCGGCAGCGUGGAGCACCGGCGCGCGCGCAACCGGCGCCCUCCACCUCCCUAGCGGCCGGCAGCUCGGCGGCUGUGUCCGGUGGUAGCAGCGGCCUGGCUGCCAGCGAGCGGCCGCCGGGGUACAGCGCCGGCGGCGGGGCAGCCGAGUCGGAGUAUGACGAGGGCGAGGAGGCGGCGGCCGUGGGAGAGGCGGAGGGGCAGGCAGAGGAGGAGGAGUUUUAUGAUGCGGCGGGUGUGGAGGGGGCUGCCGAGGGUGACGGUGAGGAGGAAGAGGAGCUGGAGGGUGAGGGCGAGGAGGCAGCGAACGAGGAAGAGGGAGCCGGGGAGGGGGAGGAAGAGGAGGAGGAGCCGCCUCGUGCCGUGGCAGGCCGCAAGCGCCGCCUCAGCACCGCGGACUCAGCCGGCGCUGAGGACGUGGAGGCGGAGGAGCAGGACGAGGGGGACGAGCAGGACGCCGCGGAAGCGGGCGGCGCCGCGGAGGAGCCGGAGCAGGAGGAGGGGCCGGACUGGGAGGCCCUGCAGCAGCAGGCCCCGUCGGCCUCCCUGCAGACCAACUCGGAGGCCAACACGCAGAGCACGCAGGCGACGGCGGAGCCGCCGCCGCGGCCCAAGCGGCGGAGGCGUGUGUGAUGCACUCAUGCACCAGGAAUUGACUGAAGCUUGCGAGGAUGGACGCGGCGGCUGCAGAGGGCAGGGGAUGCAGCUGUCGGGGUUUCGCAAGCUGUCAGCGUUUAAUCCAACUACUGGGGCGGUGAGUAGUUGUUGAUUGUAUGAUGCCGUGCGGUAUGGCAUUCCUGAAGAGCAGGUGCCGGCUGUUAUCACGGCUUGCAAGCAAAGCAAUGCCACGUUUGUGUGCGUGUGCGUGGUGGAACGUGCACUGAGGCGAGUUGUUACUGUCACCGCACAAUGCCCAGUAGUAGUGAGGCGACACGGCACCAACUGUGCCUUACAUUGUUACAGCAGGAUGGCAAUGUAUGGGAUUACUUAUUGAACAUAUACAUCUGACACAAAACACACCGUGCGGCGGCCGGUAGGAGCGAGAGAGUGGCAGGCAUGCUGGUCGGUAAUUGGCGUGA